GAACUACUGGAGAGAUAAUGAUACAGGUCUUUUUAUUCUGAAACACUUGUAUCGGGAUAUACCAGAGGAUUCCUACUCGUCCUGUGAACCUUUGGAGGGAAAGUCAAAAGAUAAUAGUAAUAUAGGGGCCUGGUGUGAUCAAAGAGAGGAGGCUGACGAGGAAUUCCCGUUAACAUUUGCAGACAAAGUCACUGUGAAGAGCUUCUCUCAAAAAGCCCGGAAAACUCUGAAAUGGUGAAUGAUGCUGAUCUCCUAACCAAUUUUGGAGUUACUUCAACACCAACAGUAAAAGCAAAAAAAAUUUCCAUUCCAAAGAUCAAACAAGGAGUGUUGAAGGUAUACUUACCAUGUGCUAUGCUCAAAGUAUCCUCCGUUUGAUUGGUGGGAUCAUUUAUGAACCGUGUUCUGGAGAAUACAGUACACUGGUUUCAGAAUUUGAUGUGAACCGAGGCAUUUCUCCACAUCCGGGAUGUUGAACUCUAGUAUCAGACUGAUUUCCAUCCUAAAAGGAAAAUGAGAAACAUAAGCUUACGUGACUUGAGCCAUUUGUGAAUACUUGUUUCUAGAUGUAGAUUUCUGGCAUUGACAUGUAAAUAUAUGUGGCUCUCAGAAAGUUUUAAUGUGCAGCUUAACUUAUAUUUUAUUGUCAUUUCCUCGUUGGACAUCUCCCUAGUUCAGUUUUUUAUCCUCCACCCUUCGUAUCAGAGAUGGUUGGAGCAUAGAUGUAUAUGUAAAAAGAUCACUAAUAUUCUGGUAAAUAUUAAAUUCUAAACUUACAGUUUUAGAAGGGUAAUGAGUAUAGUGGUAGGAAUUUAGAGGUUGAAUUCAUUAAGUUUAAAUUU